CGCGGAGAAAACCAUUACCAAAUACAGAGCCAGAGUGCACGCGGAGCGAUGGCUGCAGCAGCAGCAGUAGCAGCAGCAGCCCUGGACUGUGUUUACGACGCAGAGCACGAGAGCGGCAACCUCGGGAGAAACGGACACCGCACGCAUCCGAUUUUUAAACGCACAAUCAUUUAGGCUACUCUAGCUUCCUGAGCCUGCGAGGCUACUCGCUUCAUCAGUCCGUUUGACGUCCCCUGCCUUCAGCGAGGCGAGGCUGUCUCCCGUUCGGUUUUAAUCGUUGUUUCGGAGCGCAGCUGCAAGGGGAGACGAAUCAGCCUCCCGACGUUAUCACAGAUGAGGAGCGCGAGCAAACCGUGGAAACGAGAAACCAAUCAUCUCUACCAUCAAAAUAUCACACGCACGCGACGCCAGCGCGCUGAUACUGGAAUCUAGAACGGCCGCCGUUGCCCCCGGUCCCGUCCACAUUAAGCGGCGCUGCCUGCCCUUAGCUGGGGGAACCCGAGAGCAUCCCUCCAUCCCACCCCAGUCUAUCCUUUCCCUCUCUCACCCCAUCAUAUGCCAGAGCUUUAGGUGGUCUCAUCCAGUCAGGGACCAGGGGGGAGGAAGAGGGAGGCUGUUCGUGGCCGCUGUAGACGCACCCUCCGCGUGGUGAGGCUGGGGUUGAAGCGCCGCUGUCUCGGAGGAUGCUGCGGGAGUAGAGCGGCUCAGAGCGGAAGAUGGGGAAGGACCAGGAACUGCUGCAGGCGGUGAAGACCGAGGACCUGCUCACCGUGCAGAAGCUGCUGCAAAGGCCCCGGCCAGGGAAAGCAAAGCUCCUCGGUUCUGCAAAGAAAGUGAAUGUCAACUUCCAGGAUACAGAUGGGUUUUCUCCGCUGCAUCAUGCAGCGCUCAAUGGGAACCUGGAGCUUAUCACUCUGCUGCUGGAGUCACAGGCUGCUGUCGACAUCAGAGACCAGAAAGGUAUGCGGCCGCUGCACUACGCAGCGUGGCAGGGGAAGGCGGAGCCUAUGAAGAUGCUGCUGAAGUCCGGUUCAUCUGUCAACGGCCAAUCAGAUGAAGGACAGAUUCCUCUCCACCUGGCGGCACAGCACGGCCACUACGACGUGUCGGAGAUGCUGCUGCAGCACCAGUCCAACCCGUGUAUUGUGGACAACGCAGGCAAAACCCCUCUGGACCUGGCCUGUGAGUUUGGCAGAGUUGGGGUGGUCCAGUUGUUGCUGUCCAGUAAUAUGUGUGCUGCUUUGCUGGAGCCCAAAAAAGGAGACACCACCGACCCCAACGGGACGUCUCCUCUCCACCUGGCUGCCAAGAACGGACACAUAGACAUCAUCAGACUGUUGAUCCAGGCAGGUAUCGACAUCAACAGACAGACCAAAGCGGGCACUGCCCUGCAUGAAGCUGCCCUGUGUGGAAAGACUGAGGCAGUGAGACUCCUGCUGGAAAGUGGUAUCAACGCCACAGUGAGAAACACCUACAGCCAGACUGCGCUCGACAUCGUCUACCAGUUCACUGCAACACAAGCCAGCCGAGAGAUCAAACAACUGCUGAGGGACGCGUCAGCGGCCCUUCAGGUUCGGGCUCUGAAGGAUUACUGCAACAACUAUGACCUGACCAGCCUAAACAUCAAAGCAGGAGACGUUAUAACGGUUCUGGAGCAGCACCCUGACGGACGCUGGAAAGGCUGUAUCCAUGACAACCGAACAGGAAAUGACCGGGUGGGCUACUUCCCUUCCACCAUGGUGGAAGUCAUCAGCAAGCGCACAGGUUUGGCCAGCACAGUCAUUUGCACUCAACAGUUUCAAAAGAUACCGCUGGUUCCUCCGGCAACGGUUGCCCCUGCCAACGCGGUAGUCAACGGCAACGACACCACGUUCCAUCAGAUCCAUAUCCUGCCUCCACCGCCUCCUCCUCCACCACAUUCCCAUCAGCCACUGCUUCCACUUUUCACUUCCUUUGGCUAUAGCAAGUCGCCCGUGACAACCCCACAGGGAGACACACCCACUGCCCCAGGUUGUCGCGGCUCAGAGGCAAGUCCUCACAACUCUCCCACCACAUCCCGUGGGCCCCAUGGAGGCUCCAACGAAGAGAUCUGGGUACUGCGCAAGCCCGUGGCAGGUGGAGACCGCAGCAGUGUGGGUAGUUCUGGCAGUGUGACCAGUGUGAGGUCGUCUGGCAGCGGUCAGAGUGCCGGCAGUGCACACAUCCUCCAUGCACAGGCUGAAGGGGUUAAGCUUCUCGCCACAGUCUUGUCCCAGUCUGCCAAAGCCAAGGAGCAUCUACUGGAGCAGUCCAAGUCUGUGGACCAGCCUGCAGCAGGCUCCGCCAGCUCCUCUCGGACAUCAAGCCAAUCGGGCUGUCCACUCCACGAAGCGCCGCCUUACGAUGCCACAGCAACCAGGAAGGGGGAGGGGCUAGGCGAGGGGAAGAGCUCAGAGGCCGUUGUCCAAUGGCUGAGCGACUUUCAGCUGCAGGUCUACGCUCCAAACUUCCUGGGCGCUGGGUAUGACUUGCCCACCAUUAGCCGAAUGACCCCGGAGGAUCUGACAGCUAUCGGAAUAAGUAAACCAGGUCACAGAAAGAAGAUGACAUCAGAGAUUAACAAACUUAGUGUCACUGAUUGGCUGCCUGACCACAAACCUGCCAGUCUAGGAGAGUGGCUGUCUGCUAUUGGUCUAAGCCAGUACCACCAGGUGUUGGUGCAGAACGGUUACGAGAAUAUCGAGUUCAUCACUGACAUCACCUGGGAGGACCUGCAGGAAAUAGGCAUCAUCAAACUGGGCCACCAGAAGAAGCUGAUGCUGGCAGUGAAGCGGCUGGCUGAAAUGCAGCGCGGUUCCGACGGCCGGGGCUCGCUCAGAAAGAAGCCCCUGCCAAUCACACAGCAGCAGGACGUCCUGUCCAUGGACAGCCCGCCUCCAGACGAGGUCAUGUCUCCAAAGAUGAGCACUUUCCAGGACAGCGAGUUGAGCACAGAGCUGCAGAGUGCCCUGAUCCAGCCAGGGCAGGAGGUCAAAGCUCAGCGAACACGCAGCAAAGACCAUGAUGAGGUGAUGACAGGAGGGGGAGGAGGUGCUGGGCCACCUAAGAAGGAGGCGCGGACUAUGAGGCAGCAGAGCAGCCAGGGAAGCAGCUCCUCCCACAGAGGCAGCGCCUCCUCCCAAGGCAAACACCGUCACUCCCACUCCCAGCCUGCGCCUCCCUACACGCCCCCUCACACCCCUACCAAGACUAGAACCUCAUCUUCCUCCUCCACGUCCUCCGUCCAGAGCACAGCGUCCCCGCAGGCCAAACACAAGCCGCCCCCGCAGUUCAUCCAGGGGGAGAGGCCUCAGUCGCCGCGCUCCCACCCCCCUCAGUCUCCAACCCAACGCGGACCUCCGUGUGCCCAGCUCCCGCCCCAGCAACCUCAACAACAGCAGCCUCAAGUCCAGCCGCAGCAGCAGGCACACCCUCAGCACCAUCCACAGACGCAGGCGAUGGAGGUUAGGGAGAACCAACAGCCACAGGUGCCGCUGCUCUGCCUCCCGCCAGAGGCUGAGCUGGCUGAGAGAGACGGAGAAGAGCCUUCUGCGCUGCAGAAGAAACGCUCCCACAGCCUCAACCGAUACGCCGUCUCAGAUGGGGAGUGCGACGAGAGAGCAGGAGGAGUUGGAGGGCGAGAGGGAGGUGGAGAGGGGGAAGCAGAGGUGGUGGGGGGUCAGGGCUCUGCUGCCGUCAGAGGGGACGGAGUUAAAUACGCCACGGUGACCCACCGCGUCAGCCGCAGCCACUCGGUCCGCAACCAGGACAAGAACGCCAACCGCACCCUGACGCAGUCCUUUGCUCUGCGUCAGAAGAAAAAAGGCCCGCCCCCGCCGCCGCCCAAACGCUCUAGCUCUAACAUCUCCACCUCCAACUCCAACCUGACGGAAGCCAACACACUGCCGCACACGCUCACCACCACGGGGGGGAUGCUGGACGUGCCUUACCACCAACAGCGACGAGCCAGUGACCUGGGUGUGUCCAUAGAGACGGCCGCCGUGGAGACGAGCAGCGUGGGUAGUGUGAGAAGCAUCGCCGCCAUGUUAGAGAUGUCUUCCAUAGGAGGUGGAGCCAAAGGCAUGGCACUGCAGAGGAAUUUCCUGCAGGUGGGGAAAACACGCGAUGCCAUUGGUCUGGACGGUGAAGUGGUGAACCGGCGGCGGACCAUUAGUGGCCCGGUCACUGAGCUGGUGGCAGCUGCCAGGCGUGAACAACCAACUCCCGCUGCUUUACCCUCUCCCUCCGUCCAGCCUGAAACCUCCCCUCCCCCUGUAAAUUCUUCCUCCCCAAACCCUCCAUCCUCCCCCCACCCCAGCUCGGGAGGCAGUUCGUCAGAGAACCUGCCGUUUGCAGAUGAGGGAAACCUGACCAUCCGCCGCCAAGGACGAGGAGAAGGAGAAGGACAGUGUGUAUUUUGUGUUUGUCUGCAGGGAGACGGCGAGGGUCCCCAGGGAGACGUGGAUUACACGCAGGAGGACAUCACCAGGGUUGAGGCCACGGCGACCUUAAAGCGACGGCCCCGCAGCUCCAAGCCCCACCCCAACGGCUCCGACUUCACCCUCCAGGAGUCAUCUACUGUCAAACGGCGGCCCAAGAGCCGCGACAAGGAGCCUGAGGGCUACGCAGACCUGGCUGCUAACGGAGAGCCUGUGGGGGCCGGGCAGCCCAACACCACGCAGCCAGUACCCUACCAGAACGGCACGGCCACAGUGAAACGCCGCCCAGUGUCUGAUGCUGGAGUGACAGAGCAGCCGCAACCUCAACCUCAACCUCAACCUCAACCGCAAGUGACUGCCACGCCCCGCAGGGACAGUGUGGACCAAGGCGCUUCAGUGGCCAAUGAAGCAGGCCCUGUGAGAAAACCAAAGCCUCCAGUCUCCCCGAAGCCUGUGGUGGCACAGAUAAAGAGACAGGGAGGCCCACAGUCCCCCCCACAGCCGAUCUCCAACAAAAGAGUCCCCCUGCCUGGCCCGGGGACGCCUGGAAGCCCAGUGAAUGGAAAGAAGAUCCCUCCACCUGUGUCGCCUAAACCGGCGCCCCCACCCACGGCACCCAAGCCGGCCAAGCUCAUCCACUCCAUGACCAGCCCCCCCUCCCCUAACCCGGCCUCUGCCCCGGUCAAGCAGCACCAUGCAGUGGCCCGACAGACCAGCUCACCCCCCUGCUUCCCCCCUUCCAACAUCCCCAGCCCGCCAAACGCCAAGCCGCUGAGCCCGUCUCCGCAGAGCCCCCACACCCCGCAGACCCCCACUACACCACAGACGCCCCAGACUCCCGCCACUCCCAGCCCGACCCCGCCACCCGUCAAGCCCCCUCGCUCCUCCAUCGGUGGGGUGUCGGUGGACACUGGGAUGGCGGGAGGCGGGGUCACAGUGCCGGCCGCUACGACACCGGACUUCGGUGUAGAUUCAUUGGUGCAUCAGAAGCUGGAGGAGACAAGUGCGUCGCUGGCCGCCGCUCUGCAGGCCGUGGAGGACAAGAUACUGCGGCAGGAAGACUCUGUGGAUGAGCAGAAGACCACGGUUAGCAUCCUCGACGACAUCGGCAGCAUGUUCGAUGACUUGGCCGACCAGCUGGACGCCAUGUUGGAGUAACCGCAGGAGCCAGUCAGUGUGUCUCCAUGGCAAUGUUGCAUCAGGAGUGACUCAGACGGCACAAUGGGCAAAAUGCCUCUCUAACUCUCUCUCCUUCUUUUAAUCCUUCUCUCUCUGCUCGCGCUCGUCGUCUAUCCCACUCGUCCUGUCGUCCGUCGCUGCUCUGGAAAAUCUCUUUUCUCCUCCUCUUCCUCUUCCUUUCAUCUCCUGUCGCCGAUGAUGAAAAUAAUGACGGAGCAGUGCCACAGGCCCGGACAGACGUGUGGCAGAGAGGGUGCAAGAAUAAAGAACGGAUAAAGAGAGAGACACCAAAAGAGAGAGGGUAAAAAAAAAAAAAAAAAAAAAGGACCAAAAACGACUGAUGAUGUGUAGAGAAAAUAAAGAAUAAAUCUAAAGCUGGACAGAUGAAGAAAUGCAACUAAACGGAAGAAACUGCAAUCAAAACGUGGGUCGUUUUCAGAACUCCACAUGGACUCUUGAACAAAUAAACUAAAGUAAUACCGAUUGAAAAAACCCAACUGUGUAACGAAUCAUAGUAUGGUAUGUGUACAUUCUAAGCAUGGAGAGUUUAUAUCUACUGAAAAAGUCCUGCAUUAGCACAGUAAUAUAUAAUAUACCGAUAAAUAUGAAUCUCUA